AUGCGUCUCAUUUCUCAUCUUCUUUUUGGAGUAGCCCUGCAGGCUACCUCUGGGCGUGCCACCCUUCUGGUACCACUGACCUAUAAGGACCACCACGGCACUCCUCACGCGGUACAUAACGGAACUACAUAUACUCUUUCAGCAAACGAUACUUCUCCAUCCAUCAUCAUUCUGGACUAUGGACGGAACGUUGAAGGAUAUGGGACAUUUCAUGUCUCCCGGAGAUCGGGUAAUACUUCCGUGUUCGAGAUGAGCUACAGCGAGACAGAAGCCUUGUUGGACAUGUACAUGGCUGAUGGACCCCUGCCACUUGCUGCAGCCAUGGACACUUACCGCAUCAAUCGGUAUAACAUCACGGAACAGAAGACCUACACGAACCGUCUGAUCCAAGGCGCCCUGCGGUACCAGAAGUUGAACCUGUCAAGUGCUGGGGAGCUUGAGCUAUCUCUUGUGGGGUUCAAGCCAACUGUGCAUGAGGUUCCCAUGUCGGGACUUCCAGGGUCCUUUAAUUGCUCGGACCCGGUGCUGAAUCGAAUUUGGGAGAUAGGGGCGCGUACUGUGCAGCUGAACGAAUUUCCUGCAAGAUCUCUUCCGGAUUUCUGGAUUUUGACUGAAGAAGGAGCUCUGGUGGAUAGCCUUGCUCCCCAACCAUUUGCAGCGGACUUUGCAGCUACCAUGUCGGCUUACAAGGUCACCUUCUCCGUGAAGCCGGUAGCGCAUGGUUUUGGCUUCACUGUGUUGAGUGACACGCUAGGGAAUGGGAUUUACAUCUUUGUAGAUGUAGUUAACUCAUCGAUCUCUGCUCAUGCUGGAUCCACAGAGAUUGGACAACCGCCACUGGCGUCGGCUGUUCUACCCCCAUCGGUCACUCUCCACCGGUGGCAUACGGUCGAAGCCACUGUGAAUGUGACACAAAUUUCAAUCAAGCUCAAUGGAAAGUCAGUGCUUGACUUCUCUCAAACCACUGCCUAUUACGGUUCCUUUGGCCUGGGCGCCUCUUUCGGCCAUCGGGCCGUGUUCGCGAAUGCCUCCUUGAUGGCUUUCGGCAAGGAGAUGUAUUCUUCGUCGCUGACAGAAAAGUCUGUCCUGAACGACUUUCUCCUUGGCACCAACCCACUCCCAGUUAGCGUUGAUGGCUCACGGCGCGACCGCAUCGCGUAUGCAGGGGAUCUAGACAUCGCCGCGCGCACCGCGUUUGCCAGCACGAAUGGCCUGGAAUACAUUAACGGAUCAAUCGCACUCCUUGGCUCCAUGCAGAUGCUGCCUGGGUUUUUUACGCCUACCGCGAAGGUGCAACAAGAGCCGCGGGUGGACGUUAUCCAGGCCAACAUCACUGGCUUGAUAGGCUACUCCUUCAGCCUAGUCAGUUCCAUGGCGCAGUACUACGAGCAGACCGGGGAUGUGACAUUUCUACGACACUGGGCGCCUAGGGUCGGCCGACUUUUCGACUGGGCUCACAGCCAGACACUACCCAAUGGGCUUCUCAACAUCUCCGACGCAAGCUUUGGGGGCGACUGGAACUACUACGAUCCUCCUCUGAGCGGCGUGGUAUCGAAAUUCAACCUUGUCUACGCCUAUGCCUUGAAGCAAUGGCUACCCUACAUGGCUGACGGAGGGCUCAACGCCACCAUGUAUGCGAAUCGCCUGCAAUCCUUGCAAAGAGCGAUCGCCACCAGACUCUGGAGCGACGAGCUCCAGGCAUUCUAUCUUUCCGAUUCCCACAAAGACUUUUUCUCACAGGAAGCCAACGCCCUAGCAAUUCUCAGCGACACUGUGCCAUUGACCGGAAACCGGUCCGCCAGUACAGUUCUCUCUUCCAUGGCUCGGCAUCUAUAUGUCCCUGCCGGAGCGCUGGCGUUCUCCAAUGCAAGUGCGGCAAGCGGAUGGGCGCAGAAGAUCAGCCCCUAUGCCUCUGGCUACCAUCUGAAGGCUGCCUUCCAUGCAAACGAUCAGACCAAUGCCGAGCGCCUCCUACGUAGCGUCUGGGGCCCUAUGAGCGAUCCAUCGCUCGCCAACUACACCGGCUGCACGUGGGAGACAUUGAAUGCCGACGGCACGCCCGGCCUUGGUGCUGCCACCUCGCUCUGUCACGCCUGGGGUUCCGGGCCCACGGCGGAUCUCAGUCGUUACGUGCUGGGUGUCCAGGCCGUAACGCCCGGCUUCAAGGAGUGGACGGUCCACCCACAGACUUUGGGCCUGGGGUACGCCCGCGGUAAGCACCCUGUUCCACAAGGUAACAUUCGGGUGGAUUGGUCCUUCGGCAAAGACGGCCUCCUUAACAUGACUGUGACCGCCCCUGCGGGCACAAAGGGGAUUAUAUUUCCCCCCAGCCCACUGAAAGUCCCUUUGUCGAAGUAUAGGGUCUCGGGACAUGCAAGGAAAGUCGGCGAGGGUUUUGAAAUACAGGGAGGGCAGGCAUUCACCCUUCAACAGAGCAGAUAG